AUGUCCUUCACCGAGCACUUGUACAUGUUUCACCAUGUCUUUCUCCCUCCCAAGCUCCCCGAAGGGGAUGAUUACUCACCUGAGCAUGAGAUAACCCUACUUGACCGGACCAUACAGGCUCUCCAGAAUUUCGCAAGUGAGGAAUCUGCUGAACAGGCGGGCAUUUUAGCUGCUGUCACCACGAUGCUUACUCGCUUGAGGCAUAUCUGUGGGAUUCAUGGCGAUGUCAAUGAAGAAAUGCUCCAAAUGGCCCUGGGACAGCUGGGAACUGAAGGAGGGCUUCUUCCUAUACAUCUUCACCGCCAAAAUGCCGCCGUACUAAUGACUAGAGUGGGUGACGCGAUACACGUCGAGUCCUGGGAGUUGUCUGCUCGCAACGAAGCCGUGGUCACGACUGUCGGCCGGCUGAAACGACUCUUUCCGGGGCCAACACUUUCGUUGGAUAUAUCAACUUUCACAGAGCCAGGCUUGCAGGAGACAAUCGCCCAAACCCUGGCAAAGUUGAGCCACCAAUCUGUCCCAGGAACAAUGAGUAAGGUGAAGAAAGCGGGGGGGAAGCACGAUGAGGAUAGAGAUACCACCGAUCCCAAGAUGGUAACGGAGUUUUUUAUGGCUUUCCUACGCCCAAUGUGCAUCGGGGUAAAGGAAAGACAGAUCCAGAAACACACUCGUGAAGAGGUGAUGUGGCAUGAAAGUCGAUAUCCAUGGCGCAGGUCCUCGCUCUGGCUCCUGAUUCGUGUGGUCUUACAAUUGGCUCUCUGUAGGUUGUCAGAGAAUAGCGUGGUUCCGGAAGAUCUCUACAAACAAUUUAUGAUCUACCUCAUGAGCGAUAUUCUCACUGGGUCCAGAAAGGUGAUGCCAGUGGAGUCUAUAUACGCUAUGAGCGCUAAAAUUGGUCGCCGUUUGCAAAAGUUGAAUUUGACCGCCGAGCCCAUUUGGUUCACCUCCGUUCAGCGUGCCCUCGCGAUAGCAAGCGACACUAUCCAAAGCCGCUGGUGCAGUAUUCAAGAGAAGAGCCACUACCACAAAGACCUACAUUCUCUGACUGAAUUGAGUUUCCACGACGACGUGUACUGCGUUUUGCCUGCCCUUGAUCAGUAUCUUCAAGGCAUAAAAAGGCGAGGAGAGCAGCGAGCCUUACCGUGGGUUGACUUCGUACCCGAAUCAAAGCUGCUGAUUUAUAAAAGCAAGAAACUCCCAGGACAUUUGUACUCUGUGAAUGACAGAUACCGGACAUACAAUCUCGCAGCAUUUGAGGAGUGGGUUGCUACAUCACUUGAUGGCUGGCUUGAGAAUCAUUUGGCCAGCGAGUCCACGUGUGGCCAGUUGGCUGACCUGAUAGACCGUUACUACACUGCUGCAAUUGAAUUUUAUGCCUCCAACCCCGAGGCUAAAUCCGUCAUGUUUCUUACUAUUCUGGAGUUGUGGAUCGCAUGUGAUAAAUCCGCCGCCCAUAUACAUAUGAUCCUCCACGACUAUGAUACUUGUAUCCCUACACAGGUAUUUCAAUCACUUCUGCUCCCUUUCCGGUCCCAGAUGGAGAGGCUUGCUCGGGCUGAAAAAUAUUUGCAGCAGCGAAAGGAGCGCUGCAAGUUCUCCGGACCAGGAAUUUUCCGGGAUUUUGGCACACCUUCCUGCUUCUCGGUCCGGUACUUCCAAUCAUCCCAGGAGCAUCAUAGAUUACAUACCAUGAUCGAAGAACACGCAAGCCGAGCGCGUGCAGAGAAGCUAGUUGAGCUCAUGCAGAAACACCAAAAAUAUAGACAUUUGUACCACCUCGUCGACUCUAUGGAGUGUACAUAUGAUGAAAUCGCUAUUGAUAAGGAAUUCGACAUUUGGGAGAGACGUCACCGUGCUUCGUGUCUUAGAUGUAGGCAUCAGAGAGAAGCUGACUCCAUGCAAAUUGAAGUUCACGAAUGGCCUCUCCCGGCAAAUCACCUGCAAGCAAAGUCGACAGUGUUCGAACUGAAAGUCCCCCAGCCAUUCGCAUGGUGGCGUGAUGUUACGAUCUUUUUUAUGCUAGACAUUCUGCGUGUCGAAUACCUGGCAAUAGUGAAUCCAAUAGCACACUAUAGCCCCCAGAGCCAUAGUGGCUUGUCAGCAUUUUAUACUCCCGCCGACGGUGCAUGUCGGAUCGGCCUUCUUUCGCAAGUCAAACCCCACGAACGGACGCAUCGACGGGCGAAAAAGAUCAUCGCCGUGAGCGAGGCAGAUGUAUGUCUUGCGAACGGCCUGCACCUGGAAUACUUCGACAAUUGUACCCAGUCCUUCGUCAGCCAAUUUAAGUCAACCCAUGAGGUUGCUAACUCGUGUAUGAUUAAAUUGCCACAUUCAAGCUCCCCCCUGCAGCGGUUUCUAUUCCGACCAGCCGAUAAGCCGAAUGGUGAGUCCCCAAACAUGGUUAUCGCGUUGCAGAAUGCUUGUGCGGAAGAUAUGUCUUUGGCAGAAUACAAGGCGCUGUGUAAUAUGCCAUGUGGCAUCAAGAUUCAAUGGCAAAACAUUCUCCACCAGUUAGCCAUGCCAUUAGUUGUGUUUAAGAAACCGGAAACUGCAAUAUUUGUCCUCCAGAUAAUUAACCAAGCAGGGCCCCCCGCUGGAGACUCAGCCUUAAGAAACGGGCAUAAAAUUCUGAAAGACACAAAAUUCGCCAGUGCAAUGCUGCACCAGGUAAAUAAGGCUAUACAAAGGAUUGAAGAGAAUUGGGAGUUAGUACAAGUGCUAAACAUACUUAUCUCUCUUGUACUACGAAUAGUAUCUUUAUCCACUCGCCGCGAAAUUCACAAUCAGUGUUUGCUACUUUUGAGCCGCCUCCGAAGCGUAGCUUUCAGAUGGGUCGAGGUGCUUGGGACGAAAGCAAGCAGCGCAACAGACGAUGGACGCCGAGCCAAUUUUACUGCGCGGCAUGUUCAUAUUGCGUUGAUAUGUGUUGGGUCCUUUGACUCCGAAGGCACCUUAUUGGAACAGAUGCUCCAAGACGAGUCCGACGCGUCAAUUUUCAUACAAUGCUCCAUGGCUAUUCACGACAAGUGGCAUGCAAUUGCAGCCGACUCGGAACCCUUACUUACAAUGCUGUAUCGCCGUUGGCAGGUAUUGUCACAUCGAAGCUACAUCUUCCUUGCGAGCCAAAUCUGCCUGGGAAAAACUAUGGCGCUUGGAGCAGCUAUCGGACGUACAUGGGCAGCGUACCGCCCAGGUCCGGGUUGGUCCGGUUGGUCCAUGGUGGAAGGAGGAACUGACCCUUGGUUGUUCAGCAAGGCGACGGGCUCUUCGGCUGAAGGUCAAGGUUCGCUUAUACACUUCAACUUACUAACAGGAGAGCUGCUCAUCAACGGUCUACCGUUGGCUCGUCUGCCCCGAGACUACGAACAGGAUGAGAGUUACAAAACGCUUUUUGGCCAGUCGCUGUUAGAAGUGAUGCCUAGUGACCGUCCGGGAAUGAGCUUUUCUUGCCAGAAGGAAUACAUGGGGCAUACAGUACACUUGGGAAAGCAACAAAUCUCUGGUUCGCAGGAAGGAAGCCUCUGCGUGCGGGCGAUGAGAGACGGCCAGGAGUGGGAAUUCAUACAGCCGAGCUUGCUAGCUAAUCUGUUCCCAGACACUUUUGUGGAGGAGUGUGUACACUGGUUUAAUCCAAGUGGUGAUUAUGUGGAGUUUCGACCCGUGAAAGAACCAUGGCAAUCCUCUCCUGCCUAUUGGCGGCUGACCCGAAAUCAUUCCCGGACUGGAUGGGUUCUCCAGAAAGACAGUGUGUUCAUGAUCAACGUGAGGAGCCGCACGGCGAAAUUGAUAUCGGAUAUUCUGGAACCAAUUGAACGACCGCGAAGGAUACAAUGUAAAUUCAAUACCCUGCAUUCUAUCCUGGAGAUUGACAUUCCCCGGCUUCGGCUGAAGUUCGACCUCGAAUCAGGAAGCUCCUCGGUUCACUCUCGACAGUAUCGAGGCAUGUUGAUAGAUGCCGAUCAGUCUUUAGGCACCUUAAUUGGCCUACACAAUAAACUCAUCCUUAGAGGCAAGGACAACCAUGAGCGAUUGGCCCUCAUACCAGAGGGUCCAGUAGACUGGAAGAAGGAUGCCGAUCAUGUUAAGGUCAGUAUUGGUUGGCGGGCCGUUACUGACCUUCACCCAUACGCAGUACAACCAGACCUAGGUUACUUGAGUGACAAUGGGAGUCUACAGAGCAAGCUUUUACUCUGUUAUUUGCAUGCUCUGACAUCAUUUUGCGUACCCGAUCCACUUACGCAGAAGACGGGGACUGAGCAAGCCUUGUCCAUCCUUCGCUCUGCUGCACUGAGAUCAUUUGAGCGUCUACGAUCGGAAAACUGCGCAGUCUUGGCCCACAUUGCACAGCUCACCCCAUCUCGUACGUACUAUCCUGCAAAUGAGCGUGUAAUGCAAAAGGUCCAAUGGCGCAAGGAACUCGGCUUUCUGGUGCAACAUGCUGAGUUCCGCGAGGAAGUAGUUGCAAUUUUCGAACAUGAUCGCCGCAUGGCUAUGUUUCAUCCAAACACAGCAACGGCACAUCCACCGCUUCCUCCAGUGGGUUGGGAUUUGCAGAAGCGUGACAAGAUUCGCUCGUCUGUGUUUCGUGUUUCUACAUUCGGGGCCGAGGAAUACACAAAGGAUUACGACCGUGAUUACUGUGGCUUGGAUGAUCACCGCGACUCGGCAGCGGUCUCGCGCGUCCUCAAGCUUUGCAGCAUAGUCUACAAUCAGAUUCCUUGUAUGCAACAGUUCACAGCCAGUGAGUUGGUCUCGACGCUCUGGAAGUUUAUAUCAAAAUCGAACAAGACGUGGGGUUUUGGUGCCCCACUCGAUAUCGGAGACAUGAAGUACGAUGCGGGCUUGCUCGUGGAGCCCAAUCUUUUUCUUUCCCUGUAUUGGUGCAGCAUCCAUGGGAUGGUAUGCUCGGAAGAAUCGCCGUUAAAUAGGUUUCAACUCAUGAUAUGGCUUGCUACCUUGGGGUUUGCUGAAGGUACUAGCAUGCCUGUUCUUGCCACGCUCGCCUCGUUCCACGUGCUGCCACAAAUGGCACGUAUUACUCUCCCACCGAAUAACCUAUACGAACUGGGGCAGGGAUAUGAAUUUGACGGCAGCAGUCUUAAAUCCUGCAUCCAAUCUGUUCAGCGGACGGUGAUCCCAGAGCAAAAUAUUAGCCGUAACCACCACGAGACCGCGAAGCAAUUCAAGCAGCGUUGGGAUAGAAUUUUGAAAGAGCGCAGGACACAAGCCCGCGAUCAGUUUAUAGAUGAGCUCGAAACUCAGUGGCCUGUUUUAUCCCCAACAACACCCACCGAAAAUGCUACCCCAGGGUUUCGAGAGUACUUUCAAGUUGGGAAAGCUAUGGUGGUGGCACGCAGCAGCUUCAAAACGUGGUUCGCGAAUCGCGAAUUUAGACAAUACCUUAGCAACAUCGCGGCGGUGUUGUCCUCCCAACCGGCCCAUUACAUUGAGGCGCCCGCCCUGAAUGCGCCUGAGUGCCUGGGUCCAGUACAUUUUCCACUAAGCAGACGAGGAUUUCUCACUCUCGAUGAUCUUUUAGGCCAACCGCCGAUCUUGGAAAUAAAAGGGCCAGAGUGUCCUAGGCUUCUGCGCACUUCCCCUGGAGAUGUCAAGCAGACCCCAUGCCUCGAACAAUUUGUUAUGGAUCUAGUAUCACAGGCAAAAUCUCAAUUCGAAAAGAACUACGUGGAACAAUUGCGUAGCAGUAUCAGGUCUCUACAAGAUACAAGGAAGCCGGCUUAUACAGACUUUGAUGGUGCGCAGUUGCGACGUAUUUUCUUGGAAUAUGUAUGUAUGUGUGAGAAGCACACAAAUGACAUAUACGCUGCUAUUGAGUCAAGUAUAGUGCCCUCUCCGGUCAUGCAUAAUUCCAGGAAAGAAAAUCCAACAAAUAGCAAGAUACAAGCGGCCCUCUUUCGGAUACGCCAUUGCCCUAGAAUAUCACCAAGCCUUGUCGUUCAGCAAUUAACACGCCAUAGGUGGCAUCAGUUACCUGAUGGAUGGAAAUCAUGUAUCAUCACUUAUGGAUGCUCGAUCACGAGGUUGCAGUGGGCAAAGAGAAUGGUGGCCCUGAGCAUGAGCCCCGACGAUCUGAUUCGGGAACUUCAGAAUCCAGGCCAUACAAACUGGGAUCCUCAAGAAUUUCCAGAGUCUCUUUUGUUAGAGAUUGAAAGUGGUAUCCUCAUACGCGACGUCCAGGAGCAGAUUGCCGGGCAGAUGAGAAAUUGUAGCCUCGGGCGAAACGUUGUGAUGCAGCUAAAUAUGGGGGAAGGAAAGUCAUCUGUUAUUUUACCCAUGGUAGCGGCCACGCGUGCAAAUGGAGCUAGUCUGGUUCGUAUACUCGUGGCGAAGCCGCAGUCUCGGCAGAUGCUCCAAAUGCUCCUCUCAAAAUUUGGUGGUCUAUUAGACCGACGAGUCUAUCUCAUGCCAAUCUCGAGAUCCCUGCAAAUCCAAGCAUCAGAGGCAGAUGAGCUAGGAAAUAUGUGUCGAGAAUGCAUGGUGAAGGGUGGUGUCCUUCUUCUCCAACCAGAGCACCUGCUCUCUUUAAGGCUGAUGUGUAUAGAGUCCUUCAUUGCUGGGAAAAAAGACAUCGGCAAUGCUCUUCUCAAGGUUUUAAGGCUACUCAAACAGUACUCAUGUGAUAUUGUAGACGAAAGCGAUGAAAACUUUAGCGUUAAGUUCGAGCUAGUCUACACUAUGGGGGCACAAAGACCCCUGGAGCUGAGUCCACAGAGAUGGAUCGUCAUCCAACAACUGCUUGGUCUGGUUAGGCUGUAUGCUUCGGAAGUCAAGGAGGUUUUCCCUCAAUCAAUACAAGUGGAUGAGCAAGCCUCAGGAGGCUUCCCUAGGAUCCGAUUGCUUCAUAGCGAUGCAGGUGAGGAGCUUCUGAACCGGAUCGGGAGGCACAUUUGCGACAAUGGUAUUGGUUCCUUGCCAGUUUGGAGGCUAUCUCAAACAAGAAGAAACGCUGUUAUGUCGUAUCUUCUCGAAGCUAAUCCGUCUGCUACUGCCAUAUCUACUGUCGAGGGCAAUGGCACGGCAGGUCCCUGGGCGGCCACCGUUAAGGAUGGCCUUCUUCUGCUACGAGGGCUACUUGCUCAAGGAGUUUUAUCCUUCUGCCUCGGGCAGAAGCGCUGGCGUGUCAACUACGGGCCUGAUUCAACUAGAUAUCCACCUACAAACCUCUCAGUACCAUACAGAGCAAAAGAUAGCCCUGCCCCCAGAUCGGAAUUUAGUCACCCCGAUGUGGUCAUUAUCUUAACUCAACUCACAUAUUAUUAUUCAGGCCUCAGUGACGACGAGAUUUUCGUCGCGUUUAACCAUCUGUUGAAGUCUGAUCAAGCGGACACGGAGUACCAAAUAUGGAUAGAUGAUGCGCCAACGCUCAGCACUUCGUAUUAUCACUUGACAGGUAUCAAUCUGGAGGAUAGACAUCAUUGUCUAAACUACAUCUUUCCGCCACUUCGCUUUUCCAAGGGUGUUAUAGAUUAUUUUCUUUCCUACAUUGUUUUUCCAAAGGAAUUGAAAGAGUUCGCAGACAAAUUGUCUGCAUCAGGAUGGGAUAUAGGGGAGGUAAAAUCUUAUCCCACUGUUGGAUUCAGCGGGACGAACGACUCUCGAAAGACGCUCCCCCUUUGUGUCGAGCAACUAGAUCUCCCAGAGCAAAAUCAUACCAAUGCUCUCGUACUUGAAUACCUGCUUCGUCCCGAAAAUACAGUCGUCCUUCUUCCGACGCAGAUAAAGGGGUCUGCACUUGGUUCGAAAGGCCUCCUGGCUAUGGUGAAAAGAUCAGAUCCGCCGAUCCAAGUAAUUCUCGACGUAGGGGCACAGAUCCUCGAGCUCAGCAAUAUACAAGUUGCUCAAGGUUGGUUGGAAAUGAUUGAGGAUGAUGGUCCAGUUCAGGCUGUGGUAUUCGUAGACGAGAACGACGAGGUCUCUGUUGUUGACCGUCAUGGUCGUAUUGAGUUGUUACAAACCUCACCAUUUGCUAAACAGCUUGAGACAUGUCUUGUCUUUCUCGAUGAGGCUCACACACGAGGUAUCGACUUGAAGCUUCCACAGAACUACCGCGCAGCUGUUACUCUCGGGGCAGCUAUUACCAAGGACAAGCUAGUUCAAGCAUGCAUGCGACUGCGGAAAUUGGGAAGAGGGCAGUCAGUUGCCUUUUAUAUCCCGGAGGAGAUAAAAGUUCAAAUACUAUCCCUCACCGGGAAAGAAAAUGAAUGUAAUAUCGAGGUAUCGGAUGUACUUCGGUGGGCCAUAUCAGAGACCUGGCUUGCUUUGCGUCGCAGUAUCCCUCUGUGGGCGGUCCAGGGAGAGAGAUAUAUCAAGCAACGUAAACUUUGGCACAAGAUAGGUCUAGAUGAGAGAAAGACGAUGUCUGCCAGUGAAGCGCAGGGCUUUCUCGAACCAGAAUCUCAGACGCUUGAAAGGCGGUACCGACCCCAGAACAGAUGCCAUGAAUUCUCUCGCUCCGGGGUGGUUCAUGAUGAACAUCUUAGCCUCAUACGAGCUCGAUGUCAGGAGUUCGGGCAAUUGGACCAUGCGUCUACCCAGUUACAAGAGGAGCAGGAACGUGAAUUAGCACCGGAGAUAGAGCAGGAGCGGCAAGUCCAAAGACCACAUCCAGCAAAACCGGAAGAUCAUUACGUGCAUCCGGACCUGAUUUCAUUUGUGUCAACGGGCGUCCUAAAGCAACCUUCGGAUGCAUUCAACUUUGCGUUCGAAACACUAAGCAACACAACUGCAGCGAAAUAUCUAGAUGUGUCUCAAUUUCCAGCUGGGCUUCUUGUUACUACCGACUUCGCUAGAACCAUCAAAGUCCCAAGCGGAUCACGCUUCGUCUCGGACUCGUAUCAACGGCCUGUACAGUGGAUCCUUACAAGAUGCUCCGGUCCUCUGUCAAGAGAUGCCGUAGUGAAGAACAUGGUCAUAAUUAGCCCCUUUGAGGCUAACCAAAUACAAGGGAUGUCUAACAUGUCGAAGUCGGUUCGGAUGCAUCUAUAUGCUCCACGUCAAAAUUGCGGAUAUCCCUCGCUAGACGAACUGACGCUCUACAACGUCCCAGAAACUUCUUACAGCUUUCGGAUCCCAGAGACGCUGAAGAUACAAUUGAACCUCUUCGCAGGUCAGUUGUACAUCGGAUCAUACAGCGAGUAUCGCGAGAUGUGCGAUUUUCUCGGUGUGUCCUCUCUCGAAACACCGGAAAUCGUAAACGUUGCCGCUGAUGGCUUCAUAACAACUGAAGGCCAACAUAGAACGAGAACAACAUUCCGUCAAAGCCCCCUCAGCUUCCUAAACGUGCUCAUGUCGCAGAUCCGGAAUGACUGUCAGGAGAUCGAUAAGACCCAUGUGGGCAAGCUUCUGUGCGGGCAGCUGCUGCGUCCUUGGGACUUUUCAUCAACCUCUAGCCGCACCUGCAACAACAACAACAGCAACAACAUUAGUGGUGACAUUGAUGAGAAAGACGCAUGA